CCAGUUGAUCGGUGACGACGUAAGGUUGAAGGCUUAGUCUUAGCAGCAAAUUAGCUGCUCUUGAGCUGCAAGCCGCCCUGAUCGUCGCACACGUGGCUGUGUAAACAUGCUUGGACUCAAGGUCAACCAGCGCGUUGCUGGCGCGCGGGCCAAGCCGGCUUCCGUGCCGGCGCGGGCGCGCAAGCCAUGCGUCUCCGUCCGUGCGGCAGCUGUGAACAAGGUCGUCCUGGCUUACUCCGGUGGCCUGGAUACCUCUAUCAUCCUCAAGUGGCUUCAGGACACUUACGGCUGUGAGGUUGUCACCUUCACUGCUGAUCUGGGCCAGGGUGAGGAGCUGGAGCCCGCCCGCGCUAAGGCUGAGAAGAUGGGCGUGAAGCAGAUCUUCAUUGACGAUCUGCGUGAGGAGUUCGUGCGCGACUACGUGUUCCCCAUGUUCAGGGCCAACGCGCUGUACGAGGGCACCUACCUGCUGGGUACCUCCAUCGCUCGCCCGCUCAUUGCUAAGCGCCAGAUCGAGAUUGCCAAGGAGGUGGGUGCUGACGCCGUGUCGCACGGAGCCACGGGCAAGGGUAACGACCAGGUCCGCUUCGAGGUCGGCUACUACUCGCUCAAGCCCGACAUCAAGGUGAUUGCCCCCUGGCGCGAGUGGGACCUGCUGUCGCGCACCAAGCUGAUCGAGUACGCGGAGAAGAACGGCAUCCCCGUGCCCUCGUCCAAGCGCGGCGAGCCCCCCUUCUCCAUGGACGCCAACCUGCUGCACAUCAGCUACGAGGGCAACGCGCUGGAGGACCCGUGGGCCACCCCCGACGAGAGCAUGUUCACCCGCUCCGUCUCGCCCGAGAAGGCCCCUGAUCAGCCCACCGAGAUUGAGCUCGCCUUCGAGAAGGGCAACCCGGUGGCCAUCGACGGAGUGCCCAUGAGCCCCGCCACCCUGCUCACCAAGCUCAACCAGCUGGGAGGUGCCAACGGUAUCGGGCGUGUGGACCUGGUCGAGAGCCGCUUCGUGGGCAUGAAGAGCCGCGGAGUGUACGAGACCCCGGGCGGCACCAUCCUGCAGGUGGCGCACAGGGCCAUGGAGAGCAUCACCCUGGACCGCGAGGAGCUGCACAUGAAGGACGACGUGAUGCCCCGCUACGCCGAGCUGGUCUACAACGGCUUCUGGUUCAGCCCCGAGCGCGAGGCGCUGCAGGCGCUGGUGGACAAGACGCAGGAGUACUGCACGGGUGUGGUCAAGGUGAAGCUCUACAAGGGCAACGUGACCGUGUGCGGCCGCAAGAGCCCCUUCUCGCUCUACGACAAGGUCAUUGCUUCCUUCGAGGACGACAAGGGCCUGUACAACCAGGCGGACGCGGGCGGCUUCAUCAAGCUGCAGGCGCUGCGCCUCCGCACGCUGGGCGUCAACCGCUACAAGAUGCUGUAAGUGAAGCGACCAUGACCCAUGGGUGGUUCUCGCGGGCGGCGGUGGUAGUGUGUGAACCGCAGGGGGGCCGUUGUUUCAAGGCGAAGGAGCGGUGUUGAAAGAGGGAUGUUGCAGCUAUGCCUGGGCUGCGGGAUAUGGCAGCAGUAGCAUUUGCAACAGCUUGUCGCGAAGUGGGUGUGCAUAUGUGUGGGCAGCAGGGUUUGCAACAACCCCUGUGGCCUAGUGUUAGCAUAGUGGCUAGCUGGCACCAUUCAUCCGGUAUCGGAACGUUUUGCGCAAAGGACCAAUGUGGUGGUUAUUGUCCAAUAAUAUGCCCCGUCCGAGAAGAGGAACAGGCAAAGGGACCCACGGGUCUGCGUGUCGCUCUAUGCGUACCGCGCUGCGCUGAAGUGCUGUGCGCAUGCAUGUGUGUAUGCGUGGGUUAUAAGUUGUCGGACGUACGGCAAAUGCUGUACGACCAUUCUCUAAAGUCCGCGGAAGUGUACGGGCCACUAUGUUGGUAUUGGCAGAUUAAGGGAACAGAGAGAAGAUGAGAUACAGGAGAGUGUUUUGCGAGCGACAUUAUAUGUGGCGUAUGUUUGGGUUUAUGCUGCCGCGGUUCGCUGUGUCAGAAGGAGCAGGAGCAGAGAUGUUACCCGGUCUUUCUGUCAACUGGCGCACCGCCCGCUUACGGUUAUACUGUACGGAUCAUAAGCGGUACGACACGGUUGGUUGCCAUACCGGGUCGUUUCGUUGCACAUGUUACAGCUGUACGGACAAUGCUGCGCGAAAUGUGAGGGAAUGCGGCGGCUUGGCGCGUUGUGAAAGGGUGUGGCGCUCGUGUGGAAACCUCUGUAACGGUUACUGCCGGUUGCUUGACCUCGUUGAUCC